CGCUCGACGCGCCCCCGCUCGCCUCCGCGCGACGCGCCACCGCCUGCCCCGCUCGACGCGCCACCGCUCGCCUCCGCGCGACGCGCCACCGCUCGCCUCCGCGCGACGCGCCACCGCCUGCCCCGCUCGACGCGCCACCGCUCGCCUCCGCGCGACGCGCCACCGCCUGCCCCGCUCGACGCGCCACCGCUCGCCUCCGCGCGACGCGCCACCGCUCGUCUCCGCGCGACGCGCCACCGCUCGCCUCCGCGCGACGCGCCACCGCCUGCCCCGCCCCCACCUGCCCCGCGCCGUCGUGGAGAGAAGCGCCGUCGUGGUGAUGACGGGCGACGGAGAGGGAGUCGAGAGCUCUGCCGCCGGCGAACGGCAGGGCGUGCCCUUCGCUCUAGGCGGCCCGCUGUUCGUCCCCUUCAUGGUGGGCCCCAUCACCACCAUACCAGAGUUCAUGUCCUCAGCCCUCCACGAGCUCCAGGCCUUGGAAGACGAAUUAGGAGACACCAGAGACGAAUUCAGCAAUGAGCUUUGUGUCGAUGAGCUCAAGGUGCUCUCUGAGGAGGAGCUGGUGGAGCGCGCCCUGCAGGAGGCUAUGGAGGACUCGGAUUCUGGCACUCAACCACAACCAGAGGAUCAAACACUUGAUGGAGGCAUGUCAGCGAAUCCAACACCUACAAUUCAGGCCCCCACAUUAAGCCCAUUGGCUGAAAGAGAGAGCUCUGGAUUGCAAGAUAUGGCGGACGUAUUAAAUGAACCACAAAGCAGCAAUGGCAAGCCUAGAGGCAAAGAGGCAAACAGCAGAUGCAGGAAGGGGGAAACUGGAACCUUCACACUAGAUUCUCCGGUUGUAGGAGAGAGCCAUGGAUCAGCUAUUGACAUGUCAAUUGUACCAUUUGAACCGGAAGGUAGUGAGGGAAAUGGAACGAUGCCUUCAAAUCCAUCAGCUGAAAAUGGUGCAUCUGAAUCACCUGUUGAUGGUAUGUCAAUUGUUCCACAUGAUCCAGAGGGAAUUAAUGGACAAACAACAUGUAGGAAGGGCAAAAAGAGAGGCAGGCAUUUUGAUAGAGAGGUUCGAGCAGAGAUUUUACAGGGAAGCUAUCUUACUAAAGCAGAUAAGUGGGUACAAAUCAAGGCCAAGCAAGACGAAGACAAAUUUGCAGCAAGGCUGCAUUCUUUCAGUGGCAAUUCUGUGAAGCCCAAAGGUUCAAAGUCAUCAUGUGAGAAAAUUGAAAUGGCGAGAUCUCUUAAUCUAAUCGGUGCACCUUGGAAGAACAAAGCUUUAAGAUCUGAUGAGCACAGACCUGUGGUCCGUCCAGAAGUAAUUCUCUGUGUUGAAAUUUAUCAGAAGACAUAUGCCUCUGUUAAGUCCCAGGAACUUCUUUUGCUGGGAAGCCAAUUCCUUACUGAUCUGAGGGACAACAUUUAUUGUUUGACUGAUAAGGUGAUGAAGGUGGCUGGGCAACACGAUCAUUCUGGGUAUUUUCUUAUUGAGGACACGUUCUACAAUGAUACGAGACAUCGUUCUGCCACUGAUUACAGUAAGCCUAUACUGGAUUGGCUUGAGAAUUCCAGUGAUGAGGUAACAGAGAAGUGGGAUGCCAUAACAUCUGGUGUUCUGAAGAAGCGACAAAAGGACUUGCUGCGCGGUCUGAGUAUUUCUAACGUGCCUGAAUUUAAAUCUGAAAAGAUGCAAACGACUCGUAUCUCUGACCUGCACUUCCGGCCCGGUGCUGGGUACCUCUACUGCCACCAGGGGAACUGCAAGCACACGAUCGUGAUAAGGGACAUGAGGUUGAUUCACCCAGAUGACACACAGAACCAAGCGGAGUACCCUCUCCAGACGUUCCAGCUGCAGAGGCGCUUGCAGAAGUGCUCGGUGUGCCAGAUCUAUCUUGCGACGAAGGUAACGGUCGACGAUAAGUGGGCUCUGAACAACCCCUGCUACUUCUGCAUCAAAUGCUACUACCUCCUCCACUACAAGGAGGACAGCACACUGCUAUAUCCUCACACUGUAUAUGAUUUCAUCCAAGAGUGAUGUUUCUCUGUUUUUUUUUCUUCGUAGAAAAGUAGUCUGUAGUUUAUCCUACACUGUACAUUCUUCACUGCAAGAAAUCCAUGCGGGCUUCGUGCAUUUUGCUGAGUUAUUAAAUGGCUAUAUGGACCUGGGUCAGACGUCAGACUUCCAAGUUCCAAAGGCCUAGGCCUCGACGCUCUGUCGAG